AUGGAGAACCUUUUCCCACACCCGCGACGUAUUGUCACAGGCCAUGACAAUGAUGGAAAAGCCAUUGUCGUAGCCGACAGUUUGAUUCCCUGCGAGCCAACCAGAAUCAACUGCAACUUCGCCGUUCUCUACGAGACGCAUCAGUUUCCUGAAGUGAAUGACCAAUGGAUUGACCCAACCAGGACCCGUACACCGGACCUAGCCAACCAAAAAGGGGUUGUCUUGCGUGUGGUGGACUUUCCACCACGUACAAAAACGAUGUUUCAUCGAACCGAAUCUCUCGAUUUUGGCAUCUUGCAUGCAGGAGAAAUUACAUGCCACCUUGACGGGGACGAGCGCAUUGACAUGAAGCCCGGGGACGUCUGCGUCCAGAGGGGAACCAUACACGGAUGGACAAACUACUCGGACGCACCGGCACGAGUGUUUUUUGUAUUGACCGGUACGUUCUGCAUCCUUUUAUUCCGGCCUGAUCAAAUGGACUGA